AUGAGCAGACCCGGAGAUUGGAACUGUAGAUCAUGCACCCACCUCAACUUCCAGCGUCGUGACUCUUGCCAGCGAUGCGGCGACUCUCGUUCGGGCGCCGGUGGAGUCGGUGGCUUAGACUUUGGUGCUUUCGGCGGCAGAGCUAUGUCUGCUUUCGGAUUCACCACCGGCUCCGACGUUCGUCCAGGUGACUGGUACUGCAUUGUCGCUAACUGCGGGACCCACAACUUUGCCAGCCGAUCCACUUGCUUUAAAUGCGGCACUUUCAAGGACGAAUCCACCGGUGGUGGCGGCGGCGUCGGCGGUCCCACCAUGUUUGACGCUGAUAUGCGGUCUAGAGUCUCGGGAAACGCUGGCCGCUCUAGCUGGAAAUCCGGCGACUGGAUUUGCACUAGACUUGGUUGCAAUGAGCACAACUUUGCAAGCAGAAUGGAAUGCUUCAGAUGCAAUGCACCAAGGGACUUCAGCAACAGAACAUCUUUCUAA